GGAUGCAGGUACUUUACAAAGAUAGAACUGAAGUCCAGAUACCAUCAAAUUACCAUUAGACCUUAGGACCAACACAAAACCGCCUUUCAGACCAGGUACGGUCUGUACGAGUUUGUGGUGAUGCCCUUUGGCCUAUGCAAUGCCCCUAGGACAUUCCAGCACGCCAUGAAUAGCAUAUUUCAUGAGUACUUAGACAAGUUUAUCGUUGUGUACCUCAACGAUAUCCUUAUCUUUAGAAAGAUUGAAGAGGAGCACGCUGAGCACUUCAAAAUAGUGCUAGGACUUCUGAGACAGCACCAGUACAAGGUAAACUUAGAGAAAUGCGAGUUCGGUCGCACCAAGAUCUUGUACUUGGGUCAUGAAAUCUCCACAGAUGGGUUGAGGUCGGACGAUGCCAAAAUCUGCAGUUUAGGGGAAGCAGCAAAAGCUUUGAAGAAUGUAAAAGGGCAGGAGCCACCUAGGGGGAUGGCUGUUGGAGAGGACCCACCACACGACAGGAGGGAUGAUCUUUUGGGGAGUAUGCAAGGGACUGGAAAUGAAGCAAUACUGGGUGUGACAAGAUCCAGUGAAACAGAAGUUGAGGUCGUGAACGAGCUUAUAGCAACAACAGAAGUGAAUCGUCAAGUGAAAGUUGCAAUUUCAAUGGAAGGAGUAAAUGUUGUCACUUUGCCUGGGUCGUCUUCCCUAUCUCAUCCUGCACCCUCAGCUGUUCCAGGACGUGGUGAUCCAAAAGCACCUUGUCCACAGAUAUUGGCCUCUUGUCCAGUUGCUGCUUCCCAUGUCACUGCCUCUUUCCGGACCUAUAAGCGUUUCCGCCUUGACAACCGUUUCAGUACGGUAUUGAAGAUUCUUCCUCCGCUGCCACCACCUGCACGUCAGCAUAGCGCCAUAAACAAGAUCAGUGGAAUAAGCAUCCAUAAUCUUAUCUUGUAAAUCGGUGNUAGCGCCAUAAACAAGAUCAGUGGAAUAAGCAUCCAUAAUCUUAUCUUGUAAAUCGGUGCCUACAUCUA